AUGUCUUUGAUUGAAGCCUGGGAUGCCGCUUCGGCAACUCCCUUCCACCCAUUCGUAUCAAAGGAUAGCCAAUUUGCGGUCGGCUUCAACCUGCUCAUGAUUGCCAUCAUUCUUACAGGACUCUUUGGCCUCAACCGGUCAUUUCUCAGUCUCGCAUCUCUCGGCGUCCCAGCAUCUGUGCUCUUUGGAUUUGGCGCUGUUUUCACCAUUUGUGCUGUCGGAGUUUAUGUUUAA